AUGGUCGCAUGCCGAACCUGCAAGGACUGCGACCAUUGCUCCCAACAACAAUGGGAAUUGGGCCGGGAAUCAUGCUGGAAACAACGGUAUUUCCGCCAGCGUUUCGCAUCCCGCCAACGGCCAGUGGACGGCGAUCAACCUGGAUGCGGCCGGGGGUUUGUCAACGAGGCCACCAUCGCCAAGAGCGCCGUCACCACCUUCAGAACAAUCGCCAUUGUCAUGGAGCAAGGAGCCAUGGGCAUGUGCAGCGACGAGCUGCGAGACGGAUCCGCCCUUGAAGCCAAGGCAGGAGCAGCCGAUCAUGACGAUGGCACACGAGCCUUCUGGACAUGCGGCAGGCGCACCUGGAUCUGA